UUAGUUAAUUUCAAACAUUUACGCAUAAAACUUCAUAAAAAAUAAAAUAAAAAUGUUUUAAGGUCAUGAGAACAUUAACGUAAUAGUUGACUUGGCCAUUAAUGCUGCGGGUGUGGGAUAGUUCCCAAACUGGAAGUUACAUCUGGAUUUAGUAACAUUAAAAUAAUUUAGUAACAUUAAGACCUUAUUAGUAAUAUGAAAACACGUAUCUCUUAACGUUAAACGAAAUGAACGUAUUUCCGGGUUAUCCUAAAUCCUAGGGUGCCUCGAACGCAGCAUAAUGCAUACGUGCAGUUCCUCAACUGAACGCUAGAGGGUGCGUUUUCACAUUUUAAAAUUGAAACCACAGUUACUUACUGGGUUGACUAAUAUCGAUACAGCAAGGCUGUUUAAAUAAGAUUGCAUCUGGUUAAACCUGCUUAUUCAGCACAUGUUAAAUGCCUUUAGAGUUAGAAGAGAAAGAGAGAAUACAUAACAGGCGAUAGAAAUGUGAAGGUCCAUUCAUUCCUGUCUUGCUUCUUGCACAUGAUUUUGUUUUCAAACGAUGCUAAAACGAAAGUGUUCACAUGAGAGUGUUUGCAUAUGAAGUUAAAGGCUCACCCAAAAAUGACAAUUCUGAUGUCAUUUCGAAUCAGUAAGAGUUUCUUUCUUCUGCAGAACACAAAAGAAGAUAUUGUUGAAGAAUGUUGGUGACCAAACAACAUUGGACACCUUUGACAUCCAUUGUACGGACAUUUCUCAAAAUAUCUUCUUUAGUGUUUCACAGAAACAAGAGUCACAUACACAUGAGGGCGCAUGCUGGCACAAUGAUGCAAAACGGGACUGAAGAUCCUGCUCAUCACUGACAAUGUGAAAAGAUGUUGUGGAGAAAUAGGCCACACACACACACACGCACAGAUCAGGAAGUGCCGUCUUGCUAGUUGGCGGAAUUGGUUGCUUGGUGUGAGGAUGUGUGUGUGCACAGUGUGUGUUGAUGUGUGUUAUUAAAAGAUCCGAUGACUCCGGUCAGCUGAAGCCCUGAACAUCACGGAUGGACCUCAGCACACACCUGCAACAUGGGUUCAAGGAUAAAGUAAGAUUCUCAUGCUGUCUCUUUCUGAUUCUCUCUCUCUGUUUGUUCAUGUUGUGGUCUCAUGCUCACUUCCUCUUCCUCACUCUGUUCAUUCUCAAAUGUGCCGUAUCACGACUUAAUAAUUCAACUCAUUUUCAUAAGCAACAACUUUCGAAAAGUAUUGUUGUAUACUGGAAAAUCCGCAGGAGAGAUGGAGAAUUUUGAAAUAUAUCAAAAGUGUGAACGUAACGUGCAAAAAGCUGCUGUAGCGCUUCUGAGAAACUUCUGAGGGUUUGUUGCAAUGGCUUUUAACCAUCUGUUGUGACAAAGGGGUUUCAAGUUCACGCAACUGCACAAAGCCGAUUUUAGGGUGGUUACAUGGUCUUUGGAACAACGUUGCACAUUUUGAUUGUCUCUCUUAUUUAACACACUCGAUUCCAACCUUGAUCUUGUUGGAAGAGCGAGAUCAAUGAACUGGGUGUGUCAUGAGCGAUGCUGUGGUCCAUGAUCAAAACCCACUGAAGUGUGGGUUAAUAUCACAUUAACUAUAGUUCACUGGAAUCUGACAAAGUGUCAAAUUAGUGUUUAUUUUUACAGUUUGUCUUUUUGCUCAAACAUAUGCUUGUUCUUUCUUUCUUGAAGUGACAGUUUACCCGAAAUGUUUACUUUGUCAUCAUUUACUCACCCUCAGGUUUGGAAUGACAAGAGUAAAUGAUGACAGAAUUUUUUUUUUGGGGGGGGGUGAACUAUCCAAUGGUAAAGUCAAUGGUAGCCAGUGAUGUUUGGUUACUAAGUUAAUAUGUCAUGGUUUUGAAAGCUCAUUUGAAUAAGAAUUCCAACCCACCAACACACAAUAUGAUUGACUACAUUUGUAUUAUACUUGAGACUUCAUUCAUACCCGGAAGCGCUGGCAUUCAUAUCAACCGACACUUUUUGCUCGCUGCUAAUCUGAAAGGUAUUAAACCACAUCCUGCUGCAUAAAUGAAGCGCAUCAUCUCUCGUGAUUCAGAUCGGAACGUAAACUGUGUGCAUUUACACUCAUCGUCUGGAGUUUUGAGUGUCAGUAUUUACGAUGAGUUCUGUUGAAUGCAUAAUGAUGGUGCUGCUUGUGAUGUUGUUGUUCUUAGGAAAAACCCUGACAAAACCUUCUACUGGCUCUUUCAAGCCUCGUCUCCAAUUGCCAGAGAUAAAGACCCUGAUGUGUUGUACCAGUUCCCCGAAGACUUCAGUGAUGAGGAAUCUCUGAGGUCCUUGCCACGCUUCUGCUUUCCCUACGACAUAGAGAGGGUGAAGGACGCUGUUGCCGUGCAGCACUUCACGUUUGUCUUGACAGAUCUGGAGGGAUGUCAGCGUUUUGGAUUCUGCAGACUCACGUCCAGCUCUCAGACGUGCUUGUGUAUACUGAGUUAUUUGCCGUGGUUUGAGGUCUUUUACAAACUUCUGAACAGUCUAGCAGACUACAUGACUAAAGGACAGACCAACGAGAUGAAAGAACUCCUGUCUCUGCUGCACAAGCACCCUGUACCGCCAGCGAGCGGCUCCAUCACUUUACAGAUGGGAGGGAAGCUACAAAUCCGCAGUGAGAUGCCUGGCAUCUGUGGACACACCCGUAAAGGGGAGGAGUCAGAGGGGAUCCCAUACUUUAUUGCUCCAGAUCCCAAAGCCCUGCCGUCUAUUCCAGAGAGUAGGAAUCUGACCGAGCUGGUGGUUGCAGUGGACGUUGGGAAUAUCCUGCAGCUUUACGCCAGCAUGCUGUUUGAGAGACGCAUUCUCAUCUACUGCAGUAAACUCAGCACACUUACAGCCUGCGUGCACGCGUGUAAUGGAAUGCUCUUUCCCAUGUACUGGCAACACAUCUUCAUUCCCGUCCUUCCACCGCACCUGCUAGACUACUGCUGUGCCCCGAUGCCGUACCUCAUUGGAGUCCAUUCCAGCCUGGCCGAGAGAGUGAAGAGUCGAGCUUUGGAAGAUGUGGUCAUUCUAAACGUAGACACAAACACUUUGGAGUCGCCCUACCAGGACCUGAAAAAGAUCCCAGCUGAUGUGGUGGCAGGACUGAAGGUCAGGCUGAAGAAACAGGCAGCGCUGGUGGGCUCGGGGGUUUCUCGUGCUUUUCUCAGAUCUCAGGCUCUGCUGUUUGGAGGCUACAGAGACGCUUUACAAUGUGUUGAUGAAGGGCCGGUCGUGUUCUCUAAGGAGUUAUUUCUGAACCAUAAGUCUCAAAGUAUGAAGGAGUUUUUAGAAAGCGCUGUUCACCUGCAGUGUUUCAAAGAGUUUAUUGAUGGCCGGCUGGAAAUGCUGAACCAAGGCAAAGAGCCGGAUGAUGUGUUCGAAGAAGAGGUUCUGCAUUGUGAAUCCUCAUCAGCUGGUUCUAACUUGUGUCGGCAAUGGGUUGGAAAUUUGAAGAAAGGGGGUGGAGCCUUGAUUGUGACAUGCAAGUCUACAGCUAACAAAGCAACUAAAUAUCACAACAAAUUUGGUCUGAAAAACCUUCUGUCGUCAAAGUGUCAUACUGAAUCCCACAUGUUGCAGAGAGGAGGGUCCGUAUGUGGGCCGCACACGUAUCGCCUCAUCCAAUCAGAUUGCCUACAGAACCGUCUACCAAUCACGCAGCACUUUGGGAGGUCUCGGCCACGUCGGCCAGCACGCAAGCACCCCGCCAACCACUAUGACCAAAAGACGCAGGACAUCCACAGCACCUGUGAGGAUGGUGCUACAGAGGAGCCGGAGCAGUGUUCCGGAUCCAGCGAGUUACCGGAAGACGAUGAUCUUUCUCUCGUGUCGGAUGCAGAAGAGAUGGACCUGCUCGGGGAGAUCUUCGACACUUUGAGUGCUCAGAGCUCCAGAGAACCGGGCUUACUGUACAGCACACGCAGUCUGGACGUCUUCGGCUCGGACAGCUGUGAAUUCAUCUCACGUAGGAGUCUGGCCGCACCCAGUCAGGAGAGUCUAAGUCCUUCUGUCGGAAACAGUGGAAGUCUCAUGAGCUGGGAGGAGGAGCUAGAGGAGGGGCCAGGCGAUCAGAGGGAGGAGUCUGAAAUCUUGAUCGACAUGCCAGAGAAGUCCAAGACAGGCUUCAAGGACUUAGAGGAAAGUUUGUGUUCAGAUGUUCAGAGUUUAGGAGAUGCUUCUUUCGACCUAAAGGUGGAUUGUAAAGAGGAGCAAGACGAUCGCUGGUUGACACGAGACGGAGUAAAUGGAACGGUGGAUGAGUGUGAGGAAUGUUUGGAUACGGGGACAAUGAUUGGAGAGAAGCCAGUGGAAAUGAAGACGCAAGCAGACAACGAAGAAGAAACAACAGAGGAUGACGUAGAUGAACAUCACAAUGAGGACUUGAGAUCCUCAGAGCACAGCGAGGCGAAACAAAAGCCGUUUCAAGAAGCUACAACUGAAAGAAUCAUCUCCCCCGUGUCUGUCAAUAUAGAAGAGAGGUCAGAUGAAACAGCAGAGGAAGUGAAGGUCGAAUGUCUGUCUCCGAGCACGUCACCUACCGUAGCUCUGUUCCAGCGGCAAGUCUCACAGUCCAGGUCCUCGACCGACUCUUCGGUUCCCAGCACUAGUUUCAGAGGACAGGAUUCUUCACAAGAAACUGCUUUGAGAAGUCGCAACAUCCAUGUGGCAUCCAGAAGGCCAGCGGCGGGCACGCACACAGAUGAACAAAGUUCAAGACCGCCUCCAAUACAGUUGCUAGACGAAGAGCAGGACCAGGCACUCAUUAAAGUCUCAGAGUUGAAGAAGAGAUUUGAACAUUAGCACAACAAUGAACCAAGUGUAUCCGAGUGUAACGAUACCACAAAAUAAAAAAUCUUGUUUAUUCACCCCCAUGUGGUUGAAAACCUGCAUGUUACUCUUUCUUCAGAUGAACAUCAAAGAAGAUCUUUUGAGAAAUGUCUUCAAAAUAUCUUUUGUGUUCUGCAGCUUGUGAUGACAUUUCAUGUUUUUCUUUGGAUCAUCAUGAACCGAUGAAUUGUGUACAAUAGCGUCAGGGAAACUAUCGGGGCGAUUUUGAUUUCAUGCUGACAUGCGUUUUAAAUAAACUCUGCACAAAUAAAAUGCGUCUAACCCCAUCUGACCAGACAUCAG